AGCUUUCACACUUCACUAGAUACCACCGGUGAUACUUAUUACUAGAUACUUCUUAUUUUAUUUCAUUCUUCACUAUAUGCCUCGGCUUGCCACUUGUUACUCUAUGUAAAUUACUAUCAACCAAUCAUUUCAUUCUAUUUUCUCUUCUCUUUUCUUCUCUCCUCUCCUCUCUUCUAUCCUUCACCGCAAACAAGCACCUCCAACCACCACAACCAUACACCCACUCAACCACUCACACUCAACCACUCACACUCAACCACUCACACUCAACCACUCACACUCACACUCAACUCCCACGACCACUCCUGCUACACCACUUAUUAUCUUUCUGCUUACACUACUACACUUAUCUAGUAAUCAUCGACCAAUAAAUGCAUCUGCCCUUCCUUCUCUUCCAAUUCCUUCACCGCACAUAAGCCACUUCGAGCUCCAAAACCCUUUGGACCUCAGUUUGACUGGUUCUGAUAAAAAAAGAACCAUAGGGAGCUCGCCACGAAAACUCCAUAAGGUCGAGAAAGGUAUUGACAACACAACGUUUCAAUCUCUUAUAUUACCAUCUCACAUGUUCUUACGAGUAAAAAGCCCAUGUAAUGCAGCAAUUGCUUCUUUCUAUCUACUUCUCCCAAGACUGGUAAUACUUGCGAUUUGAAAUUAAGAACAACAAUGUCUCGUCUUUGUCUUUUCCAAUACCGAGUGAGAGAUUGAGAUUGAGAUGGAAAAGUAUCCACCCACCACCCAUACACAAACCAUGACAACCACUGGAACACCGUUAAUUGUGCGAGAUGCAUCAACCCCUCACAUGCGACCUCGCACCACUUCAAAAUCCUCCUCAAAUCCCCACAACUCAAACUCAAACUCAAACUUCAACCAAAAUGUUUCUCUAAAUUCCAAUUCGAAUUCGAAUGCCGAUACAAAUAACAACAGACGUCAUUCGCUUCCACUUCAUUUCCUUCCACCAAGUUUAUGGACAUCGAAUACUUCAACUGCCAGUCUUGUGGAAUCCGAAGAAGCUGCCCGUGGUGAACAUAUCCUAGACGAAGCCAAGGUUGCAAACCGUCUUGCAGCUCUUCGUUCUCUCAACGGUGCGAAUCGGGCUGAUCAUCGUUAUGCGAAAUCCACUGGAGAAACAUUCAAUCAACCGGUGAUUGUACGGACCUACUCAGGAGCUAUUCGACCUCGCUCUCAACAACGAGAUCCUAUCGCAGCCAAGAAACAGAAUGGAACAACGGGCAUAGCAGCAAACAAAAUGGAUAUGAAAUUUCCGCCAGUGGAAGCUUUCAGCUUCAAGGGAAUUAUGGACGAAAUAAAACAUGGUGUUAGUGAUGAUUUAGAGAGGAUCGCGGAAAUAUGUGCAAGGAGCAAGUAUAGUUUGGCAAAUCAGCAUGAAUUUCAUCACCCCCCUCAUGGAUCUGGAGAUCGCAUACCACAAAUCGGUAUUGUCCCCGCGACAGAUCUAGGUGUACCGACAUUACAAGCCGUUGAACCGGAUGAAGUUUCUCCGAGACAAUUAGCCAGAAGCUCAAGAGGAAGUCGAAGGGGGAAAUCUGCCGCUUAUGGUACACUAGAGACCAUCAUAUCAUCAUCGAGGUCUUCCGAUGAGGACAAGUCCAGAAAGAAGCCAGCCGCUGUUUUGGAAGAUGAGGUUCGCGGAAGAGCAACAAGUAAGGAGAUUGAAGUAUCACCUCCAAGUCUCGAUGUGAUAAUAGACGCUGCGGUCCCAGAAGCCACCUCUGAAAGGAGCCCUACCGCCAAGCACGCCAGGCCAAGAUCUUCCACAUUCGCAUCCAUGAUUAUUGACAAUGCCCAAAGCUUCAGGCAGGAACAUAAACCUCAAGUUUCAUCUCCUACCUUCCUUAUAAGCGAACCCGCUCGACCUCAAACCUCUGGUGCGGACCUUGAACAUAUGCCUGCCCUUGAUGAACUUACUCCUGAUCGACCUUCCACUUUCCAUGAGUUGACAUUACCAAAGCCUACUCUAAUACGCAAUGAGUCAAUAGCUUCCACACUGAGGCCUGAGACCUCGUCGAGAUCGUCUAUACUUGGUAGUUUGAGUUCAUGGCUUCCUUGGAGUAAACCACCUAGUCCAGUGCGAAAUCUUCAAGGCAGGGCGAGAAGCGGAUCGCAUGCAGAAGGAAGUUUGAGAAACUUGUUGAGGUCCACAGAAAUCGCUAGAAGGGGCAAAAAUGUUGAUAGCAUUCCUUAA